ACCCGACUUGUCAAAGAUGUCCACCAGUAAAAGCCGCUUCCAAAGGACCACUGGUUGCGAGGCUCAAGGCAGCACCAUCCGCCCCUCGCCACCAUCAUCCGCCCCUCGCCACCAUCCCCACGCGAUGUUGUCGAAAAUGCGCGCCGCCAUGCGCCCAGUGAUGGCUGGCGCUCGCGCGAAGUCAACAAUGGCAGCUGUGAAUGCAGCGGUGGCGCCGUUCGAUUCCCCACGAUGCAUUUCAGCAUCCCUCGUGAAUGCAGGCAAACAGCUGCAGGUGGCCUUCUCGGACGGCUCCGCCUUCGAGCUGCAUGGCCUCUGGCUACGAGACGCCUGCAGGGAUGACCACGUGGUCUCCUCGCAGGCGGGGGAGCGGUUCCUGGAUCGGAUCUCCUUCUCACCUGAGGGACGUCACAGCAAUGGAGAAGUGGCAGAUGCAAAAGUCAUGGACGAUGGCAUUGAGGUGACCUGGAAGGAUGAUCCUCAGUUGGGAGCCAUCCACAGCUGUUUCUCCAGCGGAUUCCUGCGGAUGUACUCCUCGGUGGUUGGGCGAGUGCUGGAGGGGCAGAGACAUCACCAGCGAAACCAGGACUUUCAAUGGCUUCGAGCAUAUUCCGGAUUCGCCGGUGCUCCUUCACCAGAUUUGUCUCUCAAAAAACUCUGGAAAAAUGAAGGUUCAGAGCAGUUUCAGCAUCGAGACUACCAUGCUAUCGUUUCCAGUGAUGCAUCCAACUUGGAGUUGAUGCAAGCUGUGAUGGAGCAUGGUGUGGUGAUCGUUGACAACAUGCCAUUAUCGGGUGACUCUAGCGUGCUGUUGGACUUUGUCAACAACUACCUUGGGGGAAUGCAGAAGGACCCAGCACGAGAGGAACCCAAUUGGGUCAUCAAGAAGAAAGCGGGUGCUGUGAGCGUGAGCUAUGCUCAAGAGAGGCGACUUAACAACCACACGGAUCAGUCUGUGCCAGCCCAUGGCAUCCCGGCUCUGCUGUUGGUGGUGAACUAUAUCGAGGGUACUGGGUACAACACCCUGGUGGAUGGCUACGCCGUAGCCCAAGCCUUGAGAAGCAGAGAUCCGGCAGCCUUCGACUUGCUGGCUACCUAUGGAAACUGCCAGGAGCGGGAUUUCGUUCGAUCACGGGUGGACUCCACUCAGGAAGGCACUCAACCCAUGUUGCUGGCCACCAAUCAUCCCAUCAUCCAAACUGAUGGGCAAGGCAACCUGGUUCGAGUGCAGUUCAACGAGGUCUUCAGAACGCCCAGCACCGUUCCAUUCGAGAAGUUCGAGGACUGGCACCGAGCAUAUCUCCUGUGGAACGAGAUGAUCCACGGUCCUGAAUUUGAAGUGGAAGCCCCCAUCUCUCAGGGGCAAAUGUUGAUCCUGGACAAUUGGCGCGUGUUGCACGGCCGCUCGGGAGGGAAGAGCAGCCCCAACCGCGUGAUCAUGGGCGGCACCGUGGUCCGGGAAGGCUUCCAUUCGAAGGCUGUUCAGUUGAUGGGCGGUUUCUAUCCUCCUGAGCAGAAGUGAUCCACGAUCCACAAAGGCUGAGGAUCUCCGUCCUGAACGAAAAAUCCCGGGAGAUCCUGGGAGUUAAAGGAGUUGAAG